UUUCGUUUUUGUAAAGCUACUCUAAACUCAACUCAUCAAAAUGUCUGGCCGCGGCAAAGGAGGAAAAGUCAAGGGAAAGGCAAAGUCCCGAUCAUCUCGUGCUGGACUUCAGUUCCCAGUUGGUCGUAUCCAUCGUCUGCUCCGCAAGGGCAACUACGCCGAACGUGUCGGAGCUGGAGCUCCCGUCUAUCUGGCCGCUGUCAUGGAAUAUCUGGCAGCUGAAGUGCUGGAAUUGGCAGGAAACGCCGCUCGUGACAACAAGAAGACCCGUAUCAUCCCGCGUCAUCUUCAGCUGGCCAUCCGCAAUGACGAGGAGUUGAACAAACUGCUCUCGGGCGUCACCAUCGCUCAGGGAGGUGUUUUGCCCAACAUCCAAGCCGUUCUGCUGCCCAAGAAGACCGAAAAGAAGGCUUAAGCUUGUUUCAUCUCUACUUACAACCAAACCGACCAGGACGACAAAUACAUUCUCUAAGAGUUGAUUGAGGCUAUUAAGUGUCUUAGGGUUUUACAAUGUGAAGAAUUGUGCUUUUAUUGAUGCAAUGGCAUUGCGGCAAAUUAUGUGAUUCAAAAUAGAAUUGUUAGCCAGAAUAGAAAGUAUUGAUUGAUAGAAAGAUCAGA